AUCUGUUCGGCGAUGAAGCCCUUCAUGUUGAGCACGGCGGUACUGACUCGUGUUCACGGUGGGGAACAACAUGCGACCGACAUCUUGACGUGCGUCAACCUGAACGACCACUGGCAACAUUGAUAAGUUAUCACGCAUUUCACAUCACUAACAACUCACGGACCUCAAACUACACAAUGGCAUUUCAAUCGCCCCGCCACUCACAGAACUUCUACCAAUACGAUGCAUCUACCCCACCUCCACCCCCGCCAAAGACUGCGACACCAUCGACAGGCCCUCCACUACCUCCCCCGCCCCCAGGCCAGUCGCAGUCGUAUGGUGGCCAGCAAACCUCUUCCCAAAACCCAUCUCAAGCAGACCCCAGUCAACUCACAGUUCAUCCGCCAAACGAUGGUUGGCUGCCUGACGUCUUGAAAGACAGGCCGACAAAAGAUCUCCAUCACAUCCUGCAAACCCCAGACCUUCAGCAUGCAAUAAUUCACAGUCCUGAGACAGCACACCCAUCACUUGCAGCAUCAACUGCGCCCUUACAAGCACUACUGGCGCAGAAUAUAGCGCUGGCAGAGUCACUGAAACAGAUUGAAUCACACGUCCAGCAUCAACGUGAUAACACACAGUCACGUCUACUGUCUUUGCGAGCCUUGGAGCGCCAGUGGAGGGCGAAGCAGGCUGAACAGGACGAGGCUUUGCGGGAAUUUAGCCCCCCGGCGCUGUAUCAGCGGUUGAGUGCUGCAGUAGGCGAGCAAGAAGCCCUGUGCCUGGGUCUUGAGGAGAGUUUUCUCGAAGGUCAAGGUGCUGGAGGUAGCGAUGUCAUUGCAAGUGAGCGAGAGGUGACCGAGUUUGUGAGGCGGCUGAGAGAAGGUCGAAAGACGUUGUAUCUCCGAGCAGAGCGCAAGGAGCGAUGGGACGAAGGUAGAGUUGGUGGGUGGCGAUGAAUCAGACACAUCAUUUCGACGCGCCUCCCAACACAAGUUAGAAAAGGUUGACACACUUUACUCGAAACGAGGCGUCUCGACCUUGGACAACUUCGUUACAACAACAACAACAAUAACGAUCGCAAAGGCUGCUAAUCGCCCCCACGACUGUGGACUUUGUUCGACCAAAGCUUCAUGAAACGCUCCAAUGGCCGAGCAAUCCGCAUGAUACAUCAACCGCAAACUGGCAGAUUCACUCAAACUUGGAUGCUACAACAGAGUCAUGCCGUCAACCACCAUAAGAUCAGGCACAUCUGAAGAAGCAUAGCGCACAUCCAGCGUUAAUGAUGCUUGUUUAUACUAGAGGUAAUUGUAGAGGAGAAGAAAUUAGUAUCUUGUGAACUUGAGAGUGUCAACUAUAUGUGUUACACCUAUUUAUCCCAUAUCGCACCUCUUGUGCUUUGGGUAAUCAACC